UCACGACCUCACACGCCGCCACCACCCAACGAGCCGCCGAGGUGACGAGCUCGCCUUCACUGCUCGGACCAAACCCAAGACCGUUCCUCGGAAGCCGCGCCCAACUCCCCCUUCUCUUUUAAACCGCAAAAGCCUACUUGAGCGGGGGUUGAGCUGAGCGACCUCUCUUUGGCUGCAAUGGUGGCAGGGCGGGUCAAGGCGGCCAUGGGCUUCCAGCGGAGCCCGGCGACGCCCAAGACGUCGUCCUCGUCCUCCUCGCGCAAGGCGGCGGCGGCGGCGCCAUCGGGGCAGGCGCAGCAUCAGGCGGCUGCUGCGGCGGCGGGGCAGCCGGAGACGCCGCGGCGGAGGUCGGCCGGCUCCCCGGCUUCGGCGUCGGCGUCGGCGGUGGCCGGGUCGGGGUCCAAGACGGGCGUCUUCGCGCGGUCGUUCGGGGCGUACUUCCCGCGCUCGUCGGCGCAGGUGCAGCCGGCGCGCGCGACGCCGGAGGUCGGGGAGCUGGUGCGGCUCGUCGAGGAGCUGCAGGAGAGGGAGUCGCGCCUCCGCACCGAGCUGCUGGAGCACAAGAUACUCAAGGAGACCGUCGCCAUCGUGCCCUUCUUGGAGAACGAGCUCGCCGCCAAGAGCAGCGAGCUCGGGCGGUGCAAGAACACGCUGACCUGGCUCGAGUCCGAGAACGCCCGGCUGCGCGCCGCGCUCGACGCCGCCGUGGCGAGCUCCAGGGACAGUGAGCAGAGGAUUUGUGAGAUGGAGAGGCAAAUGACGGAGCUGAGGAAGAGGCGUCAGAGGGAAGUCGCAGCCGGUCCCGACGAUUGCUCGUCGUCGGCGUCAUCGGACAACUCUGAGAGCUCUAACGCGGUGAGCAACUCAGCCAAGUCUGCUAAAGUCGCUGGGUGUUCGUCCGUUCGUCCUCCUCCUCCUCCUCCCCCGCCACCGCCACCGCCAAUGCCGGCAACUUUCAAGUCCAAGUCCUAUUUCUCCGGGUCGUCCCGCGCUUCGCCGGCCAACUCUUCGUCCAGUUCAUCCUCGUCCGUUCCAUCGACGCCGUCCUGCUCUUCAGAUACCGCAGCAUCAAGAAGCCGCCGACCUGAGCUAUCGAAGCUCCCUCCGAUACCACCGCCCCCGCCUCCGCCUCCACCGCCAAUGCCAACGGUGAGGUCCCGGAGCGCGAGCCCGUCGCCAUCCAACUCAAGCAGCGGAAGCGCGGGGCCUCCUGCACCACCUCCGCCGCCGCCUCCCGCGGCGAGGAGAAGCACUAGAACGUCAACCCCCGCGACCUCGUCAUCAACUCCGGCGUCUGGCCCAUGCGUGAGGCGAGUCCCGGAGGUGGUCGAGUUCUACCACUCACUAAUGCGGCGAGACUCGAAGAGGGACGGAGGCGGCGGCGCGGAAGGGUGCCCCGGCGGAGGCGCGGCGGCGGCGAGGGACAUGAUCGGCGAGAUCGAGAACCGCUCCGCCCAUCUCCUUGCCAUCAAAUCCGAUGUGGAGAGGCAGGGCGAUUUCAUCCGGUUCCUGAUCAAGGAGGUGGAAGGCGCGGCGUUCGUCGACAUCGAGGACGUGGUCACCUUCGUCAAGUGGCUCGACGUCGAGCUCUCACGGCUGGUUGACGAGAGAGCGGUGCUGAAGCACUUCGAGUGGCCGGAGCAGAAGGCCGACGCGCUGCGUGAGGCGGCGUUCGGCUACCGUGACCUGAAGAAGGUCGAGGAGGAGGCGUCGUCGUUCUGCGAUGAUCCCCGGCAGCCCUGCUCUUCUGCCCUCAAGAAGAUGCAGGCGCUAUUCGAGAAGUUGGAGCAUGGAGUGUACAGCCUUUCGCGUGUGCGAGAUGGCGCGAUGAACAGGUACCGCAGCUAUCAGAUCCCCUGGGAAUGGAUGCAGGAUUCAGGAAUAGUUAGCCAGAUCAAACUCCAGUCAGUGAAGUUAGCAAUGAAAUACCUGAGAAGGGUUUCCUCUGAGCUUGAGGCCAUAAAAGAUGGCCCUGACGAAGAGGAGCUGAUGCUUCAAGGCGUGCGAUUCGCCUUCAGAGUUCACCAGUUUGCAGGUGGAUUCGAUGGUGACACGAUGCGAGCAUUUCAGGAGCUCAAGGAGAAGGCAUCUACAUUCCAAUCGCAACGGGAAUGCCAAAAUCAGCAUUUGCAACAGCAGAAGCUCGCUGGCAGAAGCUGAAAGUCUGAACCGAUGUAAUAUAUACCACUCCUUUACUAUAG